CAAUUAAUGUGUCAAAACAUUAUCGCAUCCACCGUGCAGUGUAUGGGUAUAUAAACGGAUGUAAAAUUUUCAGUUACAUUCCUCCAGUGCUCCAAUCCUUACAUAUACGAGUACUUCACAGCAAAUUCAGGUGACAAUGAUCCGCCAAGCUGUCUUCAUAAUCGCCGCCAUGGUGCUCUUGAGUGCUAGCGCACAACGUGGCGCCUUAGCGCGAAAAAUGAUGCGCGAUAUGUUAAGGUCACAAAUGGAGGAUCAAAUGCGACUUGACAGCCCUUAUAGUCGCUCUGCCAAGGACAAGGACAUGCAGUUAAAGAUGCUGGAAGACCAACAACGUUCCGGUAUCUCUUCUGCUGCAGCCCGUGCCAUGGCCGAUCAGGUUUUGAGGGCCUCAGCGGAAGACCUACAGCGUUCAGGCGUUGUUUCUGCUGCGACCCGUUCCAUGGUUGAUCAGGUUUUGAAAGCCUCCGUGGAAGACCACCUGCAGCGUUCUGGCAUGCCUUCACAAAUAGCUCGCUCUGUCGCCGAUCAGGUUCUAAGGGCUGCGUCCAUUGAAGACCAAAUGCAGCGCACUGGCAUGUCUUCCUCUGCAGCCCGCUCUGUUGCUGACCAGGUUUUGAGGUCCUCUGUGGAAGACCACCUACAGCGUUCAGGCAUGGCUUACUCUUCAGCCCGUUCUGUUGCUGAUCAGGUUUUGAGGACGGCCAGCAUGGAUGACCCGCAACAGCGCAUUGGCAUGCCUUCCGCCUCAUCCCGAUCAGUCGCUGAUCAGGUCUUAAGAGCCUCAAUGGGAGACCAUCUACAGCGUACCGGUAUGUCUUCUGUUGCGGCUCGUACCGUUACUGAUCAGGUUUUAAGGUCCGCUCUGGAUAAUAAGAAAUGGACGAGUGGAUGGAGAAGUGGUUCCGAUAUGGACUCUGCUGUAAACUCUGGUGUAGACAAAUCCGUUACUGAUCAGCUUCUGAGAUCCAUGAUGGAUAACCAACAACGCAAUGGUCUGUCUAUGGCUGAUAAAACUAUGAGAAACUACGCAGAUGACCAAGAUCAACGUAGCGGAAUCUCUGGAAUGUCCUCGAUCUCAGGAAUGUCCUCAAUGUCCCGUUCAAUGGCCGACCAGCUUUCGAGGUCAGCCUGGCAAAAACAAGACCAAGACGAUUAGACGUGAUGUAGCUUUAUUUCUUGACGAUUAGUGCUGCGACGCGUUGCAGCCGCACCUGGAUUGAGCGAAUCACAAUUAAUUAUAAUUAUUGAUAUAAAU